AUGGAGUUUACGGCGCUAGAAAUUGCAGGUACACCGCCUUCUAAACGUGCUUUUCAUACUUGCUCAAGCGUGCAAGGCUUCUUGUACGUUUUUGGAGGAAUCACGGACGAUAGGUCAGUUUUGAAUGACAUGCACCGAUUUGAUCCGUCUAAUAACUCGUGGUUAAAACUCGAGUGCGGUUUGCCGCGAAUCACUCCAAGUAGGCCAGCUAUUUCUCACCAAUUUCCAAGAGGAAAACUCUGUGGUCCACCUUCUUUAAGCCACCACACAGCUACUACAAUCAGAGAUCGCUACAUUGUUAUUAUUGGGGGCUGGAAUGGUCGGAAAAGAACCGCCGAGGUUUUUUGUUACGAUACUGUUGAGCAAAUAUGGCGUCAGAUUUCCGUGUCUGGUGAUGUCCCGGUUGGGUUGAGCUCGCACACGGCGUGCCUAGUAUCCACAAAGAGUAUCCUUAUCAUCGGCAGAGAGGGUGGAGUUCACAUGCAAAGAAGAUUCUCGGGGGCAUUUAUGCUGGAUUUUGAGACGGGUAAAUAUCGCGAGGCACCUUUUCACGCUGCUUCUAGGUCAGGGCAUACCGCGAACUUGGUCUACAUCCGAGGGAGCAAGAAGCAUUAUGUGUUUGUGUUUGGCGGCCGUAAGAGUGGUGGCUAUGAGUUAAUGAGUACUUGGGACAAAUUUGAAUCAUCUCAAUAUGAGGUCACCCAGGAUAAGUUAAACAAGGUGUUAUUGCAGUGUGGAGGGUGUGUUACAGAACCUUGUGGCAGACAGCAUGCACAGUCGAUAGAGAUAGGGUCCAGGUACUUGCUGAUAUACGGCGGAGAAACCUGGACUGGUGUUCGUGAGAAUGUCACAAACGAUUUGUACAUUCUGGACAGUUUGGCAAUGCAUUGGUUCAAAGUACCGUCUGGACAAGCACCAAAGCUUGUUGGACAUACAAUGUGUGCAGUGAAUAACAGACUGUUGGUGUUUGCUGGUAAACUGGAGAAUAGGUGUGAUAACACCAUUUGGGAAGUGAAAGUAGGAUAGCAUAAUAAUCAUCCUGCUCCCUUGGUCUUGGGCUCAGGUUGAAUUACCAGACAUCACCCAAACAUUACACAACAUACAGGGCCCUAGCAGGCCUUGAAAUUCUGUAGAGGGGGGGGGGGGGGGUGCAUGAUACAGCGACAUCCAGAAAACUGGGGUUGGGGGCCACACCCUUCUGGCCAUUUCCUUAUGAUUUUUGGGGAAAAAAGGAAGGUUCAUGUCCCCCACCCCCUUUGGGUGCUACUACAUCACUGUCAUGGUGGAUAUGAGUGUUGAAUCGCUGGGCCUUGUUGGCAGAACACAGAGUAUUUUGGAUCAAGGGAGAGGCAGCAUCUCAGCAAAAUAAGAAUGCCACACAAUAUUUGUUUUGGGGUAUUUAUGAGUAUGUGCUAUUCUUGAUGCUAUUUGCGUUGACUUGCUAAAGCUCUCUAUUAUCAAACAAUGUGACAACAUGUGCAAAAAAGUUAUAAUUUAAUUGGGAAUAAUACAUAUUUGCUCUAUUAUAUUCUAGGUAGUACAUAGAGGACAUAUUUUCUUCAAUAACAUAAGUAAUAUUCACCUAGAGAUAUAACCUCUACUACUCUUUAAAAGCCAUGCAUACAUUUUGUAGAUGAACAAUAAUUUGCACAAAACCCACAUUUUUUUCUAAUAAUUAAAUGUUAAUUUUUUUUUCAAUAAUUUUUUUUGUAAUCAACAGCUACUUAUUAUCUGUGCCUUUUUGAAAAAGCCUUGACGCUUGUCUUGGGUCGCAAUGCUAAACAUAAAACAGAAAAAACAGUGUUAUCAGAAUAACUAUUUGAUAUUUUGUUACUAUUAAAUGCUAAGUACUGUUCUCUACAUUAUUUGAUGUGAAAUGAGCUUUAUUUGAAA